AUGUACGGAUCAGGUGCUGGAGCCUUUGCGGGGCAGGAGCAGUUCGCCGCGCACGCAAGUCGACGGACCUCGUUGGAGAUGCCGUUGCAGGAGCGGGCCACGCACGCGGCCCCUCGAGGUGAACUCGAAGCUGUCGGUCAGAGCGCUGCAUCGCAGGCGAGUCCGAGCGACGCUGCGUCGCCCGCGGAGCGUCCCAAGCCCGCUUCCUCUGCGAGUGCUUGCUCACACGCGAGCGUGCCGCUCUGGGAGAAGCGGUCGUUACCUGGAUUCCGCAUCGACACGACACCCGUGGUCCAUACGAACGGAAAGGAUUCGGGUUUUGGAAUUCGCUCGGGCAGUACGCUGUCGUUAGCUUCGCGCUCAGAUGCGCCUGGCGACGCGGUGCAUAUACCUUCUCGCAGGGGUACCCUGAGUAACCUGAGCAGAGCGAACCUAAGCGAGCAGCCCUUUGCUAUCUCGCCGACGAAGAAAGAGCUGAGAUCGCCCGGUGCGCUCGAGCCGAAUAUCGGACGCGGCUGCAGCAGCUGCCGACCCGCACACACAGGAAACCGGACUCCCGGCUGGGGCGCGCAGUCGCGCACAUCUACGCACGAGACACGUCCAGAAGCGCACCCAUGGACAACACCAACAGCAGCAGCAACAGCAGCAGCAGCAGCACAUCCACCACGGACGCCUGCAAGUGCACCGCCCAUUGGCGCCCACGCAGUCAACGACCUGUACAAAACAGAACUGUGUCGGUCGUGGAUAGAGACUGGCGCCUGUCGCUACGGGAGCAAGUGUCAGUUUGCGCACGGACAGGAGGAAUUGCGCCCGCUACCCCGCCAUCCGAAAUACAAGACCAAAGUGUGCAAAAACUUUGCGGAAAAUGGAAGUUGUCCCUACGGGAGCAGGUGCCGCUUUAUUCACGAACGUACCCGAACGGGAAGCUUUGAGGGUCUCGAGCCCGAGCUCCUAGCUGUCGUGACGGCUGGCUCCAGCGCGACACCACGCAAACUGCCCAUCUUCGAGCAGCUCCACCACAGCAUCGAAAUCGAUACCGCCCGCCCGCUUGGCGCCAGACCUGCGACACCCAGUCGCGAGUGUGUCUCGCCGGAGCGCCAGCGAGACCGCUUUUUCGGAACAUUCGUUGCUGAGCCGCCUUCGCCUCCGUCGCCUGUGCUGUCGUCGCCUGUGCUGUCGUCGUCGCUGCCGCCUAACUGCAGCAGCAGCAGCAGCAGCAGCAGCAGCAAGGCAGCCGCCGUAAGUGCACAGACGACAAACGCCCUCGCGAACUCGUGGCCCGAAAAUCCUUUGCUGCCGUCGCCAGGUUCGGGCGCCUGCCUGUCGCUGCCUCCGUCGGCACCGGAAGCGACGGGAAAGCGGUCUGAGCCCAGCGAUCGAUCACAGCUGUCGCCAGCGCGAAGCGUGGAAACACCGAAUUCGAGGCCGCUGGAUGCAACCGCAAUAUCGUAUUGGAAUUGGUGGAGUGCGGAGCACUCGCCAGUGAGCAGGCACGCACUCGAAGCCGCCAAGGUGCUUCCCAUGGACGCAUUACCGCUAUCCGUGAAGCAAGAGCGCGUCAUGACCUGGCACAGUAUGGAGGAGAGUCUCAGCCCAAUAACGCCGGCAAAUAUCGUCGCGGGUGCUGCCGCUGAGGAGCUCCCCAAAUCCGUGUCCACCACCUGGGGUAGUGCUCGGAGUCUGUGGACGGCAUUCAGUGCGGCCUCGAUGCCGCUUUCCGCGACGCCAUCGACCCCGUCGCCAUCUUCCUCCUCUUCGUCUGCGUGUCUUUCGGCAUUGUCUUCGACAGCGACGCUGAGCCUGAAAGCGGAAAGCGGCGGCGUUGCCGACUCGAAAGAGCGGUGCACGGCGGGGAGCCAGGACCAGGGCCAGGGCCAGGCCUUGACGCCUGUCGCCGGUCAGAAUACCUGUCACGGAAAAGACGCCUUUACAUGGAUUCAUUGA